AUGCAAACCAGCCGGGCUCCGGCCAUCAGCGUGAGCGCCGAGAGCUGCAUCCCGGCGGGGCUGCGCCUGGGCCCCGUGCCGGGCAUCUUCAAACUGGGCAAGUACCUGUCAGACCGCAGGGAGCCAGGACCCAAAAAAAAGGUGCGGAUGGUGAGAGGGGAGUUAGUGGAUGAAGCCGGGAGCUCAGCUCUGGAGUGGAUAGGGUUAAUCCGGGCUGCCCGAAACUCCCAAGAGCAGACACUGGAGGCUGUUGCGGAUCUGCCAGGAGGACAGAUUUUCUACCGGGCGCUGCGAGAUGUCCAGCCGGGAGAGGAGCUCACCGUCUGGUACUCCAACCCCCUGGCGCAGUGGUUUGACAUCCCCGUCACGGCCACCCCGACGCACGACGAGAAAGGGGAGGAGCGGUACAUCUGCUGGUACUGCUGGAGGACCUUCAAGUACCCCAACAGCCUCAAGGCCCACGUCCACUUCCACUGCGCGCUGAGCCACGGCCGGCCCUUCCUCCACCACGACCACGGCCGGCCCGCCGCUGCCACGGCCUUCGGCCUCCCCGCCAAGGAGCCGCCGGCCGCCGCGCUGCGCGGCCACCCACCGCCCGGCUGCGGCCCGCGGGACGCCGUCAAACGGGAGGCCGCCGCCGCCGCCUCGCCGCCGCUCGCCAAGCCGGGGCUGCCCAAGAGGGCGGCGGGCAAGGAGGAGCAGGAGCGCGCCCUGGACAUGAGCGUGGGGGCCGCCCGCGGGCCGGGCCCGCUGCUGGGGCCGGCGGGCGGCAACGGGCUGGCGCUCUGCCCCGGGGCGCGCUCGGCCUUCCGCCCCGCCGGGCCGCUGCGGGACGAGGCGCGGGGCGCCGCCACCCUCGGCUUCUCCAAGCUGCUGGGGGGGCUGAAGGCGGGACGCGCCGCCGCCGAGGCGCCGCCCAAGUGCGGGGCGCUGCCGGGCGAGGCCGGCCCCCCCCCUCCGGCAGCGGCGGCGGCGGCGGCGGCGGCGGCGGCGGCGGCGGCGGGGCUGGCGUGCGGCGGCGGGCUGCGCGCCUUCCCGCUGCUCUCGCCCCUGGAGGAGGCCUCGGCUUUCCGUCAGGUGGAGCGGGGGCUGCCCGCCGGCGCCCUGCCGCCCGCCCGCUACCCGCCGCUGCCCGCCGGCGCGCUGGAGCGCUUCGCCCUGCCGCCCUUCGAGGGGCUGAAGGCGUACGCGGGGGAGUGCGGGCUGCCGGUCAUGCCGCUCACCGUCUACAACGGGGAGCUGCUCUACGGCGCCGCGCCCUACUACCCGCUGAAGCUGCACCUCGGCGGCCUCCUCAAGUACCCCGAGUCGGUGUCGUACUUCGGGGGGCCGGCGGCGGGGCUGCACGCCGCCGAGCUGGGCUCGCUGGCCAGCAUCGACCGGGAGAUCGCCAUGCACACGCAGCAGCUCUCCGAGCUGGCGGCCGAGAAGGGCCGGGGGCGGCUGGAGGCGCUGCCGGCGGGGGCGGCGGGGGCGGCCGGCGGGAAGCCCAAGACCGGGCACCUCUGCCUUUACUGCGGGAAGCUGUACUCCCGCAAGUACGGGCUGAAGAUCCACAUGCGGACUCACACCGGCUACAAGCCGCUCAAGUGCAAGGUCUGCCUGCGGCCCUUCGGGGACCCCAGCAACCUCAACAAGCACAUCCGCCUGCACGCCGAGGGCAACACGCCCUACCGCUGCGAGUACUGCGGGAAGGUGCUGGUGCGGCGCCGCGACCUGGAGCGGCACGUCAAGUCCCGGCACCCGGGGCAGAGCCUCGGCAAGGCGGCCGAGGACAAGAGUGACUCUGGCUACGCGCACCCCGAGCAGGAGCAAAAGACUGACAACGAGAGCGACGUGGACGUCUGCUUCACCGACGACCAGAGCGACCCGGAGAGCGGCAGCAGGAACCGCGAGCAGUGA